UUCACUCCGGAACUUGUUACUGACGGACAGCGCUGUGUACAUGCCCGUCAGGUUGUCCUCUGAGAGCCUUGUUACUGUUUAGUGUGUUUAAUUGUGUUAUUUUUGUGCAGCAGUAGAAAAAGAGCAGAUUAACGAUGACUUCCAGAGGGACACCGAGUCGUUUCUUGAGAAGUGUCCUUCAAAAUGGCGUCGGUCGGUACGUUUGCCAGCUAAAACGAAUCUCCAUCAUCUUCUCCAAAAAGGCUCAGAGUUCGCUGGGAGCCAGGGAUUUUAUCGAGGAGGGAGUUGUGGAUUAUGCCAACAAGAACCCUGGAACUGUCGUCUAUGUGUCUCCGCAGCCCUGCAGGGUACCAAAAAUAGUUGCAGAAUACUUAAAUGGCAACGUGAGGGAAGAAACCAUCACGAGCAAAACGUCUCAGCAGAUAUCUGAGCUUUUGACUAAGCUGACCAAUCAGUCCGGUCUGGAAAUCAUCCGCAUCCGCAAACCCAUCCACACAGACAGUCCCAGCAUCCAGGGCCUGUGGCACCCUUUCACCAACCGCCCCCCGUCUAUCGGCCCCAUAAGGCCACAGAAACCCAAUUCUCAAUAAGGACUAACCAAAGAAAAUGUUUAAAUUCCAUUUGUAUUUUUUGCAGUUUAAAUUAAAUCACUGGCGAAUAACAGUUUCUGCAUCGGCUUCCUUUAGAUUUUUUUUCCUGGAUAAUACCACACUGUUGUCUGAUUAUUUUUUUUAACCAUCUCCUUCUGUUUGCAGCAGAGCCCACUUGAAGCAAAAAAUGCUCACAGUUCCAGCUCUAAAUGCCACAUUUGAAUAGACUUUAAAUGGAUCCACCAGAGCUUUGUCAGCAGGCAUACUAAAGAGCAGAUAACUGUUUUUAAAUCUCAAGGUUAUUUGAAGAUUUGUGUAAUAAGUGCCGCAGAUGGAACUUUGAAAUAAAAUAAAAAAAACAACUUUCAGAUGUUGAUGUUUAAAUAUAGAUUUUCUUUAGAGGUGGGUUUCAGCACCUCAAGAGAAGAAGAAGCACAGCCGUAGUGCUGUCUGCAUCGCUCAGUGUAAAAACUUAAAAAGAAUUAUGUGUUUUUUAAGUUGUACUCCAGGGUGAAUGUAAAUGUUUUCACGGCUUAAUACUGACAAGAUUUGAAGGUGUCCUUAAAUAUCCCACAGCUUAAAUGAACAUGACAGAUGGUUGUGUGAUGGCCUGAGGGACAGCCUUUAACCUUCAGUGUGAGCUGUCCUCUGUAACAGGAACAGAAAACUUAACACUCGUCCAGCGGGUGAUUUGUUCAAAUUCAACAAGGCGUUGAAUUUUGGCACAACUACUGGUUGCUUUCUUUGCAUUUCUUCUACUGAAUUCAUCAUUUUUGACUGCAAAAGGCAUUCAGGGUUCACCCCCAGUGUUGCUCUCCAAAAAACAAAUACAACCAAGUGGAAACCAUCGGACGAAUACAAAUAAGAGUCUUGCAUGAAGCCAACCUGAAGAGUGCAGCAGGCGAACAGUAUACUUUAUAACCCCGGCCACAGGAAAUGGUUAGGCAAUGUGACUGUUUAUGUAGAGCGGGAGAGUGACAUGACUGCAAAGAUGCUGAUGAGCUCUGCAGGAAGAUGCUGCUGUUCAUUUCACUCACUUUCUCCCACGUAUCUUUUCUAAUUAGCAUUCCAGUGUUAAAUUAGACUCAGACAUGGAGGCUGCACUUGGAAUAAAAGUGUCUAACUUUAAAUCUCCAAACUUUUUAUCAGUAAAUUUCAGAUUUAAAAAGGGGCAUUGCCUGUUUUGUAGAAUAAAGUCUUCAUUUAUCCAAAACAGAUAAAUGUAUUCCGCCAUCCCCAAGUUAAAGUCUGCAACGGCCAGUUUUAAGAUUCCAACCCCUUUAUCAACCCGUCCAAGCUUUUAAUCUUCACAUGAGUAUAAAAUGAAACAUUUCUUUCUUUGCGUUUCCACUGAUCUCUGAUCAGUUAGCUUGAUGAGGUUGAGUCUCCAGCUUCAUUUCCAGCAUCUGAAAGCCACUGCUGUGUUUCCAGGGGGGUUCUUCUGCUAUUGAUCAUUUCUGGAUAAAAAUGAACACCCAAGUAAUUUUAAGUAACUGUUAACCCAAUAGCUUUGUUUCUCAAAGCAAUGGUGCACUGUCUCAACCCAUGCCACUCUCUUCUUCACCUCUCUUGUGCUCUGUCUGUUCCUUUGUAUGGUCAACCCUGGGUAUUUAAACUCAGCAAACUUCAGCAUCUCUACUCCUUGCAUCUUCAGUGUUCACCUGUCUCUCUCUCAUUCACACCCUCUCACUACAGAUCUGGUUAUUUUUGUUGUGGUCCUGGUCUAGAUUAGCAAAUGGCAGAAACAUUUAUGUUGUGAGUUUAUUUCAGUGGUAGCCCCCCUAUUUGCACAAUAAAGAAUUGAAUAAAGAAUGUAAAAGUGAACAUUUAUAAGGAAAAUCUCAGAAAUUAAUCAAUUUAAGAAUUAUUUAAUGAAUAGGUAGAAAAUGAAAAUGGAAAGUGAAUAAAUAGGGGACUGAAAUGAAGAAGGUAACUCAAUACAGAUGCCGUUUUGUUACAGUUUUUAAAAUGUUUUUGUUAAUGGCGUAUCUAUUUUUUUGUUUUUUUUUAAUUUAGUAAGUGUUAGCCAGCCACCUUUGGAAAGAUGUUUUGAAAACCUAUUAAAGUAAUUUUGGCACUUA